AUGGUUCAAAAGUCAACAUAUAAUGUUGGAUCUAGUUUAAAGGGAAAGUACACCAAUCUUGGUAAUCAGACUGGAAAUCCUUCUGUGUCAAGAAGCAGCUACAACAAUAUUGGAAAGGAAAAUGAACUGAGACUUGACAAAGCUGCUAAGAAGCUAUUGAAAUAUGAUCAAUGUGGUAUGACUGGACAUCUUAGAAGUGGAUGUUUCAAGAUUAUAGGUUAUCCAGACUGGUUUAAGGAUUUGAAGGAUCAGAGGAAUUCAAAUGCUGGCAGAAUCACAGCACAUAUGGCAGAAACACCAACUGAUGUGGCUCUUGGAAAUGAAAAGGAAGAAUCUGAUGAUCUGAUGGGAAUGAUGAACAACAUCAGGAGAAUGGAAAUGGAGCUUAACAGGAUGAUAAAGGGCAAAGGAUCAGAAGCAGAGCUUAUCAACUAUGCUUAUUUCUUAGACUUUGCAGCCAGUAGAUUGUCUGAUGAGAAUCAUAUGGCUUCACAUCGAAGUCAACAUCAAAUGAAGGAGAAAAAGGUGUUCUUGUCAGUUGGUGGUUCAAGAUUAUUUCCGUUUAAGAAUAGAAGAAAGUUUGCUGUGAGAACUUGGCCUUCCUUGGAAAAGUUAUCACCAACACAUUCUAGUGGGAACAUUGAGGUUGAAGAAGAAUCGCUUAGUGAAGAUCAAGGGUUGGAAGAAUCUAAUGAAGACUUUGCUAAUCAUUGGAGUGAUUCAAGUGAUGAAGAUUAA